AUGUUACAGGGGCAGACUGUUUUGUGUGACAAGGCUGUUAAGUUGACAAUAAGAUCUAGAUUAGGGUCCUUUGCUCGUACUAUUAAUUUUGUAGCUGUUGACAGGAUCACCCAGUCUCUGCCUUCUGCGUUUAUAGAUUAUGAUAACUGGAAGAUUCCAGAUAAUGUUGAUUUAGCGGACCCAAUGUUCAAUGUUCCAGGGGAACCACCUACCUAUCCUAAGAAAGAGCUGCUUUGGUUGGCUGAUCUCAGGGACCUGCAUAACAGUCUGACCAGGUUUUGGCAGUUGGAGGAGGUAUCCUCUAACUAUACAAUGACCGGGUCUGACAAGUUAUGUGAGGAUCAUUUCCUCUCUAAUGUUUCACGGCUUGAAAAUGGUCAAUUUGAAGUAGCUCUACCCUUUGUAGAUGGCAAAAUUGAAAAACUAGGAUCAUCGUAUUUAGGUGCAAAACAUAGGUUUUUGAAUUUAGAGAGGCGAUUUUCUAAAGAUAGUAUUUUGUUUGCAGCAUAUUCACGGUUUGUGAAUGAAUACAUUGAACUAGGGCACGCUGAGUAG